GUUGAAAGUACCGUACGCUUCCUUGCUCCAGCCAGCACCAAGGCUCUCAUUUCUUCGCUAUCUGCGCAUCUAGAUUCUUCUUUAUUGCCUGCUGGCCUCGUGAUAGUCGCGUUUUUGCAGCAGGAAAGAUGCCCGAGACAACGAUAUUCAAGGCGACGUACAGCGGGAUCCCCGUGUACGAGAUGAUGUGCAAGAGUGUCGCCGUGAUGCGAAGGCGCUCCGAUUCGUGGCUGAAUGCGACACAGAUCCUCAAAGUUGCCGGCUUCGACAAACCCCAGCGAACUCGUGUCUUGGAACGGGAAGUGCAAAAGGGUGAGCAUGAAAAGGUCCAAGGCGGCUAUGGUAAAUACCAGGGAACCUGGAUUCCUUUGGAACGUGGCUUGGCCCUAGCGAAGCAGUACAACUGCGACGGCCUCCUCAAGCCAAUCAUCGAAUUCCAACCAGCCGCUAAAAGCCCACCGUUGGCUCCGAAACACCUCAUCACCAACUCCAGCGCCCGCCCUUCGCGUCGAGGAGGUGCCCCUGAAUCCAGCACCGCAAGCUUGUCUGUUAGCACCCGCUCAUCCAGACGCCAGGUCGUCGAUGUUCCCGAGGAAUCAGAACACGAAACACUUUCAGUGCGGGGUUCCGAAGAUGGGUCGAUGACGCCUUCGCCUUCUGAGGCUUCGUCAAGCUCACAUACACCCUCUCCCAUCAGAAGUCCAAAGGCAUAUCAUAAUGGUGUUUCUGGCGCUCGCUCCAACACUAGACGGAGCAGGUAUGAUAGCGAAUUUGCUUCCAUGGCAGAUCCAGAGGCCGCUAGGCUCAACGGCAAGACCGAUGCCCGUGCUUAUGGGGACCAGAUAUUGGAAUACUUUAUCUCAGAUACCAACCAGGUGCCACAGGUUCUCAUCUCUCCGCCUCCUGACUUUGACCCCAACAUGGCCAUUGACGACGACGGACAUACCGCGUUGCAUUGGGCUUGUGCUAUGGGUCGCAUACGCAUCGUCAAGCUGCUGCUCACCGCUGGUGCUGAUAUUUUCAAGGUCAACAAAUCAGGCCAAACCGCGCUCAUGCGUAGUGUCAUGUUCGCGAACAACUAUGACGUUCGCAAGUUUCCCGAGUUGUACGAAUUGCUGCACCGCUCAACUCUGAAUAUUGACAAUUACAAUCGGACUGUCUUUCAUCACGUUGUUGAUGUUGCUAUGGCCAAGGGAAAGACUCAUGCCGCGCGUUAUUACAUGGAGAUCAUUCUAACACGGCUCGCGGAUUACCCCAAAGAACUUGCAGAUGUUAUCAAUUUUCAGGACGAAGAUGGGGAGACAGCGCUGACUAUGGCAGCUCGGUGUAGAAGCAAGCGAUUGGUGAAAAUCCUCAUUGACCAUGGCGCUGACCCCAAGAUUGUUAACCACGAUGGCAAGAGCACAGAGGACUACAUCUUAGAGGAUGAACGGUUCAGGUCAUCACCUGCGCCUCCCUCUCGUGUUAUGCCUAUGUCUUUCCGGAAUAUCCAGGCUGCUUACCCUCCCCCUCACGCACCGCCGGAUUACUCAUUCGCGCCGGCGAACGGAGAUCGGCCUCCCCUCCAUCAUUCUAUUGCGGCACAACGCGCUAGUACGCGUUGUGUCAAUGACAUCACGAGUAUGAUGGACAGCUUGGCUGCCUCGUUUGAUAAAGAGCUUAGAGACAAAGAGCGCGACACGGUCCAGGCCCACGCGCUCCUGGGAAACAUACAGGCAGAAAUUCUUGAAAGCCAGCGCGCCGUGGGACAUCUACGGUCGCAGGCCGAGGGGUUGGCGCAUACAAACGACACUCUAAAGACUAUGGAGAAUGAGCUCAAUACCAAGAUGGGUCGUAGAUAUAGGCUGGGCUGGGAGAAAUGGGUCAAGGACGAGGAGGCACGUGAGAAGGCCAUCAGGGAUUCAGCCAAUGGGGAGUUAAUGUUAACACCUGCUACAGCUUCUCACCUAGCGAGCAUCGGAAUGGACGGCGAGUCAGCCGCCGAGCUAGGGAAGGGUAAAGGAAAGCGGAAAGCAUCUUCGGAUCCGGAGGAUAUUUCGGAUCUGAUUGCCUUGCAUUCGGGAAUACCGACGGAUCCUGAGGCACUGAGACAAGCCUGUGGGACGUUGCGGGAAGAGAUUAUCCAGGCGCGAAAACGGAGAAAGACAAUGUUUGAAGAGUUGGUGACGUUCCAGGCCGAGGCUGGGACGAAUGGUAGGAUGAGUGAAUAUAGACGCUUGAUUGGAGCUGGCUGUGGAGGGAUCCCCCCCUCGGAAGUCGACAGCGUCUUGGGAGUGUUGUUGGAGACUCUGGAAUCAGAAGAGCCGAGUUCAUCGUCUCUUGGCUGGAAUGGAUCAAGACCCAUGAAUGCUGAAAACAUGCGAUGAUCUCUUCUCGGACUACUGGACAUUAUGAUUUGUUCCUUCGUUGUUGAAAGCAAUGUCUCUCUUAUUUGUAUAGCAUUGUAUGUAUUUCGUUCUGUCGUGGUGAAAAUUAUUCAUCUAAAUAUCAAUCUAUUUUGGAGGAUAACAUUUGCAGUAGUAUCCACGGUACUUAUUUAAACCAGGUGACAUAUAAGCUCUACAAGGUAAACGACGCGUUAUUCACCGCGUCAAAGCUGGGGGAUCCAGGAUCAACGGGAGCU